AUGGCGGCAGAGCGCAAUCAAUUUCUUGGAUUAAACGAAGAAGAGGAAGCUGUGGCCAAAGGUCUUGCUGCGCGGGCUCUCCUCACAAGUGUCACCUACCCGUUGACUUGUGUGAAGACACUCAUUCAACUCGGUCAUGAACCUUUUCCACUGUCCACCGGGAGAACACUCAUUGUUGCUGGACGCAAUGCUUAUUUUCUUCCUAACGCUUUCAGUUAUGCUAGCCAACUAGCUCAUGCGCGUGGCGUCGGUGUGUUAUUUACCGGUAUAGAUUCGGCUGUAUGUUCUCUGAUCAUCCAAGGAAUAACCUCGUAUCAGACAAAGAAGUACAUUGACCAGUACUACCCCGAAAUUGGAGGUAUGCCGGAGAAUGUGGACGCUGAUGAGAAGGACCUGAGUGAUCACCAAUCUUUCAAGCGACAUCUUCGUGUUGCCAUUCGUGAAUCGGUUGUCCGCGUAGCAACUGUUGCUGUCGCAAGGCCUUUAACCGUUGUAAUGAUCCGCCAAAUUGCACAGCUUAUUGGGCACGAAUCAAAAUAUAACGGUGUAUGGUCAAGCCUCCGUGUAAUUGGUCUAGAAGAAGGACCCGGUGGUUUGUUCAGCGGUUUGGUGCCACAGAUUGUUGGGGAGAUAGUGAUUGUGUUCGGAACAGGAGCUCUUCUUUACGCGGCUGAAAGAGCAAUUGUUCACGCAGGCUUGUACGAGAAGAAAGACGAGAAAAGCGUAAAAGAAGUGGAGGACCUUCGCAAAUUUACAAACCUAGCGAUUCCAUUCGUUGUGAAUUCGUUUGGUUAUCCAUAUCAAGUUGUCAGUACCGUUAUGGCUGUCGCUGGAUCUGGUCUCGCCGUUGCAUUCCUUCCAUACGCACCAUCGUUUGUGAAUUGGCACUCUGCUUGGGACUAUCUCACUCCUCAUGGUCUCAAGCGAGGAUCUCGCUUGUUUUUACGAGAACAAACAGGAGCAGUUACAGUCGGAGUUGACAAACAACUGUAUGCGAACAAUAAGUUCUUUGCGUAG